CCAUCCGCACCAUCUGCACCAUCUGCACCAUCUGCAAGACUCGCCUCUGCAGCUGCCCGAGUCCGGCUGCCCCCUCUCCCCAUAUCCGAUUCCGCGAGGCUGCAGAGCCAGACGGUCCACAGCGCCGCCAGGAUGGGCGAUCCGAAUGCGGCCUUGCACGAACCGCCGCCUUCGUCGCUGUGGCAUCCAGCUCAGCAUCGGCUCGUCGGUGGUCUGCUCGAGAUUGUCCUGCGUCCUGGGCCAUACGGCGAGCAUAGCGCCGAGAAGAAACUCACCACCAAGCUGCUCCCCAUACUCGUCUCCCAGUUUCCUCCCCCCGAGUCCAGCCAGGGCUCGUUGUUGAUCGACCCUUCAUCCCGCGUAACGGCUGUUCGCAUCGUCCUGGCGGCCUUGAAUUACUCGCUGUGUAUCGAGGAUGUUGCAUCUGAUCUCCCGAGGAGCUUGGAAUCGACAGAGCGACAACUGGACUCUGCCGUUUCCCAAAAGACCGCCUCCAGACCGGAUGUGGGCCUGCGGAUAUCGCUGCACAUCCGGUUUCUGCUGCUGAAGCUUCUUGUGCUCUUUCUCAAGAAGCUCGAUCGCUCCAAGCUCCAGAGGGUAUUUGCAUCACAGCCCAUGUCGCGGGUCGGCUCAGACACUAUUCAAAACUAUCAUCCAUCGAGCUUUCCCGAGAUCCGAAGCGUCAUUGUCCAGUCCGCUACGAGCCUGCUCGAUCUCAAGGCACACCCUUUCCUGCUGCACAAACACAAAGAGAUACCCCAGCAGACCCUCAAGCUAUGGGGAAUGCUUGCCGCGUGCCUGGCCUUUAUGGUGGGCGGAUAUGACGACAUUCGACAAGAGCAGGCGCUGGUCGCUGCCGAGGGCUUUGCCAAAGCCAUAUUCAAGCGGGCAUCAUCCAUGGUCCGCAAGGACUACGGAGGACUGGUCGAUCAAAUGAAGGUCUCUAUUUCUCUUCUCGGCGAAAGCUCGCGGUUACUCCCUGUGUCGGUUCACUCCGUUUCGCCGCCUGACUCGGUUCAUCUGCUGGGCCAUCCCAUCAUUUUCCUGAAACACAUAGUCAACCCUGUGAUGCGAGUCGGCCUGUGGAGCCCUGAGUGCCGCAAGCACAGCUCCAAGGUGUUGGCAUCUAUUCGCGCGCUCAUCGUGGACUUUCAGCAGGGAUGGGGCGACUCGGACGAAUCUCGACGGUGUAGGCCAGGAACACAGGAUCUGUUGAAUGACUCUGUGGGAGAGCAGAUGCGUCUUGUCUCCCGGAUAUCCGAGUACAUAUCCAAGCUCUCGGAAUCUCUCGUUGAAACAAUUGAUCCCAUCGGGUGGCGAGGUUACAGUGCCCAGCCGGGAUCGUCACCGCUGGCGUCCCUGGUGCUCAAGACAGAGUUGGGAGACUGGAUAGCAACUUGGCUGGAGAGCAAGCAAGCAGUGGUGCUCCUCCAGAGCUUUGCGAUCCCGCUGCUUGCACAAAUAGGGUCAGACGAUCACUGCUGGCGCUUUUGCGAGAACCUGAUUAUCCGAGUCUACACCGGUGGUCUCGACAAACCGGACAAACUGGACAAAGGCAACUGGACAUCAACUGGAGUUUCCGAAGUGGCUGAGGCCGUGGCCAAGUGGCUUCUCUCGACCGCCUGUCUGCGAUCCGUCGAUCCGCGUGCCUCAAUUAGCCGGUAUCAGCGCCGAGCGCUCCCAUCCAUUUCCAUCAAGCUGCCAAGCCUGAGUGCGCUAAUCAAUUUAAGGCUGAUGUGCAUUCGUCUUAUGGCACAGAUAUCCAACCACCUGUUUCCGAUAUCAAUGUGCCUUCUGUCGCUCUUUGACGACCCUUCCUAUCAAAUUCGACUCGCCUCAGCGCAUGCGCUGGCGAUUCACAGCCUCAACGGCGACCCGUGCCAGCACAUUGUCCAUCGCGAAGAUGGGCUAUGUCGGUCAUAUAGGGAUGGUUUCUCCGACCCUCAUUCCAACGACUUGGUACUGUCGCCACUUAGACAUUCCCUUCAAGCCAUCUUCCGGGAGUUGACCGAGUUUUGGACGUCCGAAAGCGAGCCUGUCACGACUCAGGAAUGCGAGGUUUUUGGCUCUUGGACCUACUUUGUGACGGCGCACUGCUUCGCUGUUUGUCCGUUUCGACUUUCCCAGGACUUUCCAGUGAAUCUCGCUCGUGAUCCAGGGAAUCCACCAGGGCCACAGCGCGCACCUCCGGUUCGAUUUGCGUUUAUGCAGUUCUUCACAGAUCUACUCCACCACUUGCUCCUGUACCAACAGACAGAUUCCAGACAAUCGGCUGUCAAUCGACUCUCGAUCGCCCUGGUAACCAAGGGGGCCAUCGAAGGCACCGGCUAUGGCAGCGAAGCGGCGCCAUAUUGCUGCCUCGAUGCCCUAUCAACCGCUAUACCGCUGCUGUGGCGUCUCCGACGGGACUCGGAAGUCGCAGUUCGGAUGAUGUGUCUGGAGACUUGUGCAAGCUGCAUUGGCGUUCCCCCGUAUCCAGGAUCACCCGAUCGCAUGGAAUCCCCUGAUGGCCGACUCAGUCCAACGCGAGACCCGUCGGUGCCCGAAUCUAGUCAACUCGCGGACUACAAUAUUCUCUCGACCCUCUACGACAUUGUCAGGGGCUGCCCCUUUGCAUCGCCCUCCAGUGACCGCCUUUCCAGUGACAGGUCCGAUUACGGCGAUCCUGUCGAUCAAUGUGAAGACAUUUCAGCGCUGGUCGAGCGAAUCUUGGGAUAUGGAAAGAAGUGGCAUCUCGCAGCGCUGUACUACAACUCGCAUGAGUCGCCGGGCAGCGACGCGCCUACAGAUUUCGGCAGCGCCUAUGCACCGACAGGGUUUACCAAGCGACCAAGCUUGAGCACGCCCGCGCGCACUGGUCGCUGAGCUCCUUUCCCCACCGGAUUUGAACUACAAACGAUUCGCUGAGCCCUCACGGCCGCUGGAUGAGCCAUGCGCCCCUCGCUUGGCUAGGACCACAGAGCCAUCACAUCACCCCAGCCACGCGACAGCGGCAAAGGAUUCUGGCGAGCACCUCUCUUCGGACGAGGGCAACAUCAUCAAUUCAUUCUA